AUGUCUGAGCGGCGGAGAGGAGGCGGAGGCAGAGGAGAGGCGGCUUCGGAGGCGGCAGCAGCAUCGUCCGCGGGGGUGGAGGAGGCGGCGGGAGCGGAGAUGCCGGCGAAGAAGCAGAAGCUGAGCAGCGACGAGAACAGCAACCCGGGGGACCUGUCCGGCGACGAGAACGAUGAUGCUGUUAGCAUAGAGAGUGGUACGAACACUGAACGCCCUGACACCCCUACAAACACCCCCAAUGCUCCAGGAAGAAAAAGCUGGGGGAAAGGAAAAUGGAAGUCAAAGAAAUGCAAAUACUCCUUCAAAUGUGUAAACAGCCUCAAGGAAGACCAUAGUCUGCCAUUGUUUGGGGUACAGUUUAACUGGCACAGCAAGGAAGGCGACCCCCUGGUGUUUGCUACUGUUGGCAGUAACAGAGUUACUUUAUAUGAAUGUCAUUCGCAAGGAGAAAUACGGUUGCUACAGUCUUAUGUGGAUGCCGAUGCAGAUGAAAACUUUUAUACUUGUGCAUGGACCUAUGAUAGCAAUACAAGCCACCCCCUUCUGGCUGUGGCUGGGUCAAGGGGCAUUAUUAGGAUAAUUAAUCCCAUUACAAUGCAGUGCAUAAAGCAUUAUGUGGGCCAUGGUAACGCAAUCAACGAAUUGAAAUUUCAUCCCAGGGAUCCAAAUCUUCUCUUGUCUGUCAGCAAAGAUCAUGCAUUGAGACUGUGGAACAUUCAAACAGACACUUUGGUUGCAAUAUUUGGAGGAGUAGAAGGACACAGGGAUGAAGUUUUAAGUGCAGAUUAUGACCUCCUUGGUGAGAAAAUUAUGUCUUGUGGCAUGGAUCACUCCCUGAAACUCUGGCGAAUCAAUUCAAAGAGAAUGAUCAAUGCAAUCAAAGAGUCCUAUGAAUACAAUCCCAAUAAAACCAACAGGCCAUUUGUUUCUCAAAAAAUUCACUUUCCUGACUUCUCCACCAGAGAUAUACAUAGAAAUUAUGUAGAUUGUGUGCGAUGGCUAGGAGAUCUGAUACUUUCCAAGUCGUGUGAAAAUGCCAUUGUAUGCUGGAAACCAGGCAAAAUGGAAGAUGACAUAGAUAAAAUAAAGGCCAGCGAAUCUAAUGUGACCAUUUUAGGACGAUUUGAUUACAGUCAGUGCGAUAUAUGGUAUAUGAGGUUUUCAAUGGAUUUCUGGCAAAAGAUGUUGGCAUUGGGCAAUCAAGUUGGCAAGCUCUACGUCUGGGACUUAGAAAUAGAAGAUCCUCACAAGGCCAAGUGUACAACUCUUACUCACCCAAAGUGUGCUGCUGCCAUUCGACAAACCAGCUUUAGCAGAGACAGUAGUAUCCUUAUAGCUGUAUGUGAUGAUGCCAGUAUCUGGCGCUGGGACAGGCUCCGAUAAGUUACUUACAACUUGAGAAUGACAAAAUUAUGUAUUGCUUUUUGUUUCAAGGAUAAUUAGCUGAUUUGGUAGUACUGUAACUGCUUUCAGAGUAGCCUCCCUCCCACCCCGAUCAGUUGAACUUAGCAAUGUUUACAUUUGGUUUUUGAUAGCAUUGCCUUUUUCAGAAGCUGCUGCUUUUUAAUAAAAAUAUUUUUGUACGUUUGGUUUAUUGUCCCAUUUUAAUUCAGUGUUUGUAGUAUGUAAAGUUUGUUUGUACUGUAUAUAUACUUGCUGCUUGUGCUAAGCCAUGUGUUAAAUAAGCUUGUAUGAGUAUGGGUGUCCCCUACAAUUCUGCUGGAUGCAAGAAGCACAUUGAGUGCAGAAUUCUUCCUGAGAAAGUUGCCCUUGAUUUUGUCCUUAUGACAGUGAAAACAUGAAAGUGGUGCAGCACUGCCCACUUGGAACUCUCAGAAGCCAAGAUGGGUGACCGAUAAAAUUUCUCAAUGGCCGGGACAGAUACAUUUAUCCAUAUGGCUCUCUGCCCUUCUCCUUCAUGAAGAAAAGCAAGUAAAUUAUGCAAACAAAAUUAAGUAAAUGUGCAUAAUUAAACAGGUUGCGCAAGAAUGCCCGCCUAUCCCUGUGCCAAUCAUUUCCUUCCGCUUUCUUGCUCAGAAUUUGAAUUCUCUCUCUCUCUCUCUCUCUCUCUCUCUCUCUCUCUCUCUCUCUGUGUGUGUGUGUGUGUGUGUGUGUGUGUGUGUGUGUAUAUAUAUAUAUAUAUAUAUAUAUAUAUAUAUAUAUAUGCAGUGUGUGUGUGUGUGUGUGCGCACAACCCUUAAUGUUUUGGUCCAGCAAAAGUUUUACUCACAUAAUUCCCAGAGACUAUACUACUUUACAUUAAUUCUCUGCCUCAUACCCAUCUGAUUACAGUAAGCCUGCAAUUUGCAAACAUUUAAUUUGUGCAUAUUCAGCUUCAAGCGCUUGGCAAAAAAGGGCAUCCAGGGGAAAAUACAUUGGCAAAUUCUACCUGUCAUUGCAUUCAAUGUGUUUUGACUAUAGGUAUGUGAUUUUGACUCUAAGCGCAAUGCAUGGAAUGCAACUCCUGCAUAUGAUAUGGGCAUACUGUACUUUGAAUGAGAAUUGCAGAGUAAAUGAAAUAACAAAACUUGGUUAACUAACUGUUGUUGGUAAAAGGAGCCACUGUUUUUGUGUAGAAUGCCCUGGAACUUAUUUAGGGUAUUUCCAUUGCUUUUAAAUUCACUUCAUUCCACAUAGUGGCUUUACGAAAAUAAAUGUUUUUAAUACUUAAUACUGUUAACAAAAGCAAGACAAGGCACAGGCAGACGAACUAAAAACAAAGUUCAGUAGAUCCCAAACAUCUGCCGAAAUAAAGCUUCAUUUAGUGUUUGAAAACUGUUGAUGAAGAGGCAAGAUGAGCCUCCACCACCCUGGUGCUACCACUAAAAAGGCCUUUAUUCUCCAGCUGCCUCAUCUUUGACAGAAGGGAACAAAUGAACUUCAGAGACUUUAAAAGUGUGUUUAACCUUAUAAAAACAAGAUGUGAAUAAAGUGUGUGUGAAAUAUGUGUAAUAUAUGGAAGCUGUUGGAACAAGAUGUAAAAGUAUUAAAUUUGGUAAGAUGAAAUAAAAACAAAACUAAAUAUGUGUUAACUUAUUCUCUCCCCC